CUUCAAAAUCACAAGCACCACAGGAAAGCGCUGCAGCAAUGGAAUACGGAAAUGCGGAAAAUUUGGAAUCUUAUGGGAAGUCAACGAGUACGAAAGUCAAAAACUUGCAUUCAAACGGCAACAAGCUGCAACAAGGUAAGAACAACGAAGCAGCACAAAAAGGAAAGCGAAAAAGAGGAGAAGAAGCCGAGGAACAUGGUGGGAACACCAUGAAGAAACAACGAAGAGAAGAGUUAGCUAAGUGUUUAGAAGUGACGUUUUCUGAUCAUGAGGAGCCUUCGGGUGAAGUGGUCAGAGCUGAAGAGAACA